UUAAGGUAAACAAAUAAAUUGCAAUAGCUCGGAUUUAGAAAAAUAAACAAAUUAAUGGAUAAUGAAUGCAGCUCUUGAAUUAGUGCCAACUCUACAUAAGCCGCUGCACUCCAAAGUUUCCAACUACCUAAACAAUCAACGUCGUUCUGGCCAAUACUGUGAUUUAAUAAUCGAAUUGGAAUUGGAUGUGGCUGGCGAUGAUGCAAAUGCCGAGUUCGGACACUUUUGUGUUGUUGGCGCACAAAGUCGCUUCAUUGGCGGACCACAAUUCAUACAAAAAUCAUUGCAAUUUUCCAUACACAAUCCAUUAAAGGUGACCAUCAAUAAUUUCAGUUGUACACAAUGUUUGCACACCAUGAUGGACUUCUUCUACGAAGAUAUAGUUUCCAUAUCCAAGGAACAUGAACCGCAUUUUAAGCAAUUGGCAAAGAUUUUAGCAGUGACAGAGUUAAUGAAUUUAUUUGAAUUGCCAGAUGAAUUGGUGCCUACAGUGAAUGGAAAUAAUCUGGCGGUCAUAAGUCAAGAAUGUGAUGUCCAGAAUGAGGCUGAGAUUCUGGUAAAGAAAGAGACGGUAGAAACAGAGGCGGAGAAGAAGCGUGAUGUCAAUUUAGGUAAUAGGGAUAUAUUUAAAGAUCAGCGCAACUUUUUCAAUCUAAAGAAUCCACGGGCCACAAGUUCCAGCAGUAAAAUUAACUAUUGCAUCGGUUGUGAUUUCAAAUGCUAUCGCGUCCAGGAAAUGAUCACACAUAUGAGUAGCUGCGAACCCUCUCAUCUCACCUGCUCGCUGUGUGAAGUUGGCUUUCUGGCAUGGCGCGAGUAUGAAGCGCAUAUUCAGCACCAUCUGAGCAAUUUGAAGAAACCGUUCUUCUGCCUAGAGUGCGGUGCUCGAUUUGUCAAUCGCGCAGCGCUAACCAUACAUUUACCCAAGCACACAACCGAAACACCACAUCAAUGUCAACACUGCGGAAAAGGUUUCAAGUGGAAGCAAGGCUUGAACAGCCAUAUGUUAAUACACAAUAAAGAAAAGCAAAUGCUUUGUGAUGUUUGCGGUUAUAGCACAACCCAUAUGAAAGCACUAAAAUCACAUAAAUUACAACAUACUGGCGAAUACUUUAAAUGCCCAUAUCCUGACUGUAAUCACCACGCAAAUCGCAAAGAAAAUCUACGUAUACAUAUGGAAACGCAUAAACAAGAGCGUCCAUUUGUAUGUGAGGUUUGUGGUUGUAAAUUUAGUCAAAGUAAGAAUUUGAAACGGCAUGCGCUCAAACAUUCUACUGAUGAAAUACACAAAUAUAAAUGUCAAUUAUGUUCAUUUAGCAGUCAUCGUUCGGAUAAAGUGAAGGAACAUGUACAACGUGUGCACACUGAGAAGGAAGUGCAAUUGGAAUUGCCGGAGAUAGUUGAGAAUGCUUUUGAAAAUAAUGUCUGUGACGAAUUCAAUUUACCACCGUUGACGGGAAUCGAUAAAGCCGAACUAUUGAAUGUGAAGAAAGAAAAAAUAAACAUGAAAGAUUUGACAAAAAAAGCUCGCACGAAAAAGAAGGCCACUAUUUUAACACAAAACAAACGACAAGUAUCCAUUGCGCCUAAACCGAAUGCAGUUGUUGCGACAGUUACAAAUAUAUUAAGCAAUAAUGUUAAUAGUUGAAUAAAUUUUACGCAUUAAAUGCAA